AUGCACAAGAAGUCGAUGUCGUCGAUAUCCCUCUCGUCCAUGAUGUCGCGGAAGGAGGAUAGGAACAGAGAGAGAGAUGCGUCACCGAGUACGCCGGCUUCGCCGUCGAGGGGCAGCUUCGACCUCUCUGGCGCGUUGAGGGACCUCAUGACGCCGAACCGCACGCAAACCGAGGUUUUAUCGACGAGUCCGCAGAAACCGACACACUCGAAGAAACCGUCCAAGAGCAAGAGUGCGAUCGACAUCAACCUGUUGCGGAGGAAGCAGGACAGGAAUGACGUGGCGGAGUCGUUUAUCAAGGACAACAAGGAGAAUAGACAGCCGAGGGAACCUCUUACCCCUCUCUCGCCGAGGAGUAUACACGGGUUGGUCUCACGGGAUGCCAUCGAUCACCGAGGAAGACCCCCAGCCGAACAACCAUCGUUCGCUCCGCCGAAAUUCCACCCUUCUGGAAACGGGAGGCCCAGACUCACACCACACGACUCGGACUCGUCAAUCCAUCUGAUAACCCCGCCACGGACGUCGAUGUCGUCCGAGGAGCGGUACAUGAGCUCGCGGAGACGGGAGACGGAAGAGCUCAUGAAGAGGUACACGCCGACGGAAUAUACUCCCAAGAGUCAGAGGAACUUUGGCGCCGGUGGCACCAUGGCUGAGCCUGCAUUGAUCAAGCCUUCCGAACGCGAAAGUCAGAGGGAGAGAGACAGCUCGAAGGGCCGAGAAUCCAAGCCACGGCCCAAGAGCGCAUAUUUCCCCUCGGCGACGUCCAAUCGUUUCUCGAUCGGAGCGCCUAGGAAAAGUAACGAACACCGAAGCACGGAGGAAAAGCUACUUCCGGAUCCACCGAAAAAGGCACAGGAAUCUCCGGCUGGAUCGCACUCGAGCAAAGGCAGCGGCAAGCAGUCUGCGGGGCUGGACUUGGAAGGUAUCGAUAGGGCCUUCGAAAAGCUGCUCGACUCGCGAGGAGUACCGGAAAACAUGAGAGACAAGAUGAGGGGGCUGGAUGUACGGGUAAAACAGGAGUUCAUUCACAAAGAGAAACAGAUGGAGAAACCUCCCAAGGAGGCGCCAGUCGUUUCAGUCAUAUCCUCCGGGCUGGGCAUCUUCGGGAAGCGGCCAAAGACGGCGGGGUCGAGCACGGACGUCCGGCCAAAGUCCAAGGGCAAGGAUAGCGCCGAUGCGAGUCCGAGCAAGAGGUCACGGCCCCGGAGCAGGACAUUCGGUUCUAGCAAGGAUAAAGAUGUGGUUCCGGCGCCGUCUUCGCCCACGAAACGACAAAAGGGCGGUGCCGAGGAUCCGUUUGCGAAGGGCAAGAACUUGUUUCCGCCAACCAGUACCUCUGCCAUUCCCGGCCAUGGACCGCCAUCACCGACCACGAUUGCAACCCUCCAACCGGACGAGUGGGUAAAGUGGCUCAAGGAGGCGGGAAAGAGGAGGAAUUUUGGACAUGGGUUGUUUGCGGAGAAUACAGAGAUGCCCCAAUACGAAAAGCACAUGCAAGAUGUCGAGGUUGCGGUUUUGCACAAGCUCCGGCUAGUGCUCCGUAACGAGACGCUACGAUGGGUCGAAUCGUUCACGAAGCAAGGCGGUAUGGAGGCUAUCUGGUCUAUGGUCGAGCGAGUACUCGGCGUGGAAUGGAGGGAAGAGCACGAGGACAACAUCCUACACGAACUUCUGCUCUGUUUGAAGGGACAGUGCACAGCGUCAUUGGCCCUGCAGAAACUGGCUGAAAUGGGCUCCAUCAUCUUUCCACGGCUGCUCGAUUCGCUCUUCGAUGAGGAAAAGAAAGGCCCCUCGGAGUUUACCACCCGAGGAAUCAUCAUUUCGCUUCUUUACGUCCAUCUCCAGACUUCCCCAGCAUCGCAGCGACCCCUCCGCACGCGAAGGAUCCUCUCUUACCUUGCCGAUAAGAAGCCCGACCCCAAAAAGCGUCCGCUGGACUUUAUCGAGGUUGCGCACGUCAACAGACCGUAUCGAAGAUGGUGCAAGGAGGUAGUCAACGUCACCAAGGAGGUGUUCUGGAUCUUCCUCCACGGCUCCAACAUCAUACCUGUGAACCCCCCGAUCUCAAAGUCGGUGUCAUACACGGAGCGCAACUUUCCGCAGGAAAGGCCACCAGUACCAGCAGCUGCCCACGUCGGUGGUGUCGAGUGGGAGGCAACGUCUUACCUCGCCGUACACAUGGAUCUCCUCAACGGCUGUGUUGCAUCCCUUGCUACCCGUGAGGAACGCAACGAUCUCCGCAUGGAUCUCAAGAACUCUGGCUGGGAGCGUGCUAUGGGCGGUGCUCUCCGCACGUGCAAGGAGAAGCUUCACAGCUCUGUCCACGAGGGUCUCAAGACGUGGGUGCGUGCGGCAUCCGAGGACGAGUGGUACGUUGGCGACGUCCGCUUCGGUCCCCGGAUCGAACACAGUCGUCCUGCCAGCCCCAUCAAGGCCAAGAAGAAGAAGGAUGAUGCACCGCCGAAACUAGAGCUCGGCCUCGGACUGGAUCUGGGGAACGGACACAGAGAGAAUAGCCCUGGAUUGGUGGGCGGAUGGGAAUACUAA